CGAAAGGGUAUCCUCUGAUCGUGCAAAUCGCUUUAUCGGUCUCUCGAGAUAAGCGGUGGGAGAAGCCAAGAUCAGUCUCCUCACGUCUUUGACGUCAACCGAUAUCUUUUACUGUGCUAUAAUCAAAGAUACUGAUGGCGUCAAAACUGCUGCAGUUGCAAUCUAAGGCCUCUGAAACGUCCAAGCUUGUAGCCAAGCACGGAAGUUCUUACUACAAGCAGUUGUUGGAGCAGAACAAACAAUACAUUCAGGAGCCACCAACAGUUGAGAAGUGCAACGAGUUGUCUAAGCAGCUCUUUUACACUAGCCUUGCUAGUAUACCUGGUCGUACUGAGUUAUUCUGGAAGGAGCUUGAUUAUGUGAAGAAUCUGUGGAGGAACAGGAAAGAACUGAAGAUUGAAGAUGCUGGUAUUGCAGCUUUGUUUGGACUGGAGUGCUUUGGAUGGUUCUGUGCAGGUGAGAUUGUGGGAAGGGGUUUUACCUUCACUGGCUACUAUGUCUAAGUGAAUGGAUGGUAUUUCACGGAGUUGGAUGUGAAUGCCUUUAUCACUGUUCACAGAGUUGGAUUGUGGCCAACCCCUUGGUGAGUAUUAUUUUUUUUUUUUGUUUUCAUGAAAAUUUUGAGCUGAGAAAUCAGAGGUUAAAGAGAUAGCCUAAUAAUUUUUAUACUUGAAAUGGCUUAGGUUGAUAAGCCUUGCUGUUCCCUUGUUAUCUUCUCAGAAUUAACUGUAUCCAAGAUUGAUGGUAAUUGUGCAAAUUACUCAAACUUUUAUCUCGCUCAUCAUCCAUUCUGUUUCUGUCCCUAUCAUUAAUAAUCCCUAGUUGGAGGGCAUUGGUUCAUGGUUUGCCAGCAGUGACCCUGAUUAGUAUUUCUUGAUUUGUUUGUUACACUUAUAGAUGUGCUAGCUUAAGUGCCAUGUAUACUUGGAAUUAGUUCUAAUACCAGAAUUGAUUGAUAUUGUGGUCA